AUGAGCGACCCGGCGUGCCCGGAGGCGGACUUCCGGCGAGCCUUCCGCAUGCCGCGCGCGGUGUUCGACAAGCUCUGCGGCGACCUGGGCGCCGCCGUCGCCAAGGAGGACACCACGCUGCGCGCCGCCGUCCCCGUGCCGCAGCGCGUCGCCGUCUGCGUCUGGCGCCUCGCCACCGGCGAGCCCCUCCGCGAGGUGUCCCGCCACUUCGGCCUCGGCAUCUCCACCUGCCACAACAUCGUCCUCCAGGUCUGCGCCGCCCUCACCGCCGUCCUCCUCAGCAGGGUCGUCCGGUGGCCGGACUCCCCCGCCGCCGCCGCGUCCAGGUUCCAGGCCUUGUCUGGUAUCCCCGGCGUGGUCGGCGCCGUGCACACGGAGCACAUACCCAUCGUCGCGCCAAGAGAGAACGCCGGCGAGUACUUCGACCGCCGCCUCACGGACCGGAACCAGAAGGCGACCUACUCCGUCGCCGUACAGGCCGUCGUGGACGCCGACGGCGCGUUCACCGACGUCUGCAUCGGCCACCCGGGCUCCCUCUCCGACGCAGCAGUGCUGGAGAAGUCGGCGCUGCACGCGCAGUGCGAGGCCGGGCUGCUGCUCGGUGACGACGGCCACGGGCAGCCGCUGUGGCUCGUCGGCGGCGCGAGCUACCCGCUGACGAGCUGGAUGCUGGUGCCAUGCACGCACCCCAACCUGACGUGGGCGCACGACAACCUCAACGAGCGGGUGGCAUGCGCGCGCGCGCCGGCGCUGCGUGCGUUCCGGCGGCUCAGGGCACGGUGGCGCUGCCUGCAGCGGCGCGCCAAGGUGAAGCUGUCGGAGCUCCCCAACAUGCUGGGAGCUUGCUGCGUUCUGCACAACCUCUGCGAGCGCAGCGGCGAGGAGCUCGACGCCGACGUCGACCUGCUCCCGCAUGACAAACUCGUCGACGACGGAGUGAUCACCGGCAAUGCAGGGUGCUCCUCCGCCCAACAGACUGAUCGGGACAGGAUGGCACACGUCGUCCUCCACGCCGGCAACGCUUAG